AUGCCUCGAACGCCCAUGACUUUCGCUCCUCGAGAGCCCGGGGCGCCCAAACCGCCUGCGCCGGUACCGAUGCUGAAAAUUGGCGACGAAACACCCACAUCCCUUACCGAGCCGUUGGUCGACGAGAUCGCUUCAUGUUUGCGCGAAUGGCAUUCUACAAAUUUACAUGAGCUCUUGCUGGGCCGGCAAUAUGAUGUACUCGAGGAGAUGGCUACGCUCGUUCAAGAGCUGGAUCUUGCAAGGCGGCAGCUUCUUCAUAAUGUGUUAACCGGCAAGGAGAAAGAAGCACUACGUGAUGAGACGGUAUGGAAGCUCGUGAAGGCUAACAAAAUGCUCACUGGAGACGUUAUUGUGCGAGACCCUGCAGAGCGUGGCCGAUUGUUGACGGGCGAGGACUCUGCUAUUCAAUUAGCGAAAUUGCAGUCGGAAAUGAGCAUGUUGGACAGCAAUCCUACCCCGGCCCCAGAUGCCACGGCCUUGCACCAUAUGCUUCUGGAGAUCAAUGCAGUAUCAGGCAAUAUUCCUGGCCCCGUCUCUCUGUGUCUGCAGUUAUACUCUCGGUCCGACUCAGGAGCAUUCAGUCCACUUUCAGAAACCUUUAGUCUGGAUAUCCCAUCGCCCGAAAAGUUCGUCAGUCUCACUCAGAGUAACAAAUUAAAGACCCUUUUCACCGAGCUUGCGGCUACUGAUAUUGGCGAUGGGUCCUCGAAUGGUCGCCAGCUGUAUCUUGUGGCCUCGGUCCGCGUGUCGGACAUACGCUCUGCUCUGGAUACAACACCAGUUUCAAGGCCGUCAGUUUCCAGGGACUCCCCAACUUCUCCCAAAGCUGGCAACGCAGGGGGCAUUCAGCCAUCGGCUAAAGGAAGCCUGAAGACACGCCGGAGUAUGAUGUGGACCAAUAAAAGCCGGGGUGGUAGCAUGGACGGGCCUGCCAAAUCGACAGCUCAGCCAGCUCCUACGCCAUCAAGCAGCCAUUCCAGCUCCAGGGAGAAGGACCCAACCCCUCAGGCAGAGAAGAAGGAGACAUCGGCCAACCGUACGAUUGGAGUUGGCAUUCUGGAAGUGUCUGCAAUCCUUCGCCAGGACCGAGACGCCGAGCAGGUGAUGAAUAUCUGGUCACCUGCCCGUGAAGGCGACGAAACUGAAGGAAAGGCCGAUGGCUUCGAGAAGUUGCUUCCCGUUUUGCUUCCAAGCCCCACCGGUCGAUAUGUGCGAUCUGAGGCCGCCGCACGCUUGCAUCUCCAUCUCCAUUCUUUCAUGAGUACCGACCCGGAGAUUCUUGUGCGAGAGAAUCCUACGAUGAUGCAUGACAUUGUCCAGACCAAGCGCAUUGGAUUCUCCAAGGCGCCUACGAAACCAAGAUCCGACAUCUAUGUAACUCUCUCCCAGGCAGUUUUCCCGACUGACGCCUUGCUGUCUCAUCCUACGGCUGGUCAGAUUCCCCUCCAACAGAGCUUGGGGCUUCGCAAUCUUCAGCUCACUCUGGAGGUGCGCAAUGCGGCUGGUGGGCGGGUGGAACGCUGCGUUUUCCCAACAUCCGCUAGUGCAUCUCACACUGCGUGGAGGACCACCAUUACAGAGCGUGGGACUCCUUGGAACCAGACCAUCCGGCUAAAGAUCCCCACCGAUCAAAUCCCCGGCUCUCAUAUUAUCAUGAGCAUCGCGGAUGCUCCUGAGUUCCCCUUUGCUCUCGCUUGGAUGCCUCUAUGGGAUCAGCAGGCUUUCAUUCGGGAUGGUCAUCAUGUAUUGCUUCUUCAUGCGUACGAUAAACAAACUUCGAGCAUAGAGAAUGGCAAGGGGGCUUACCUCAGUCUCCCGUGGAGUGCGCUUGGUAAGAACGAGUCGGCUAAGGAUGAGGCCGUGACUGGUCCCCUUGCAACUCUUCGCCUGGAUACCCACCUGUGCAGCACAGAGUAUUCGCAGGAUCAAGUAAUCUUGGGUCUCCUUAACUGGAAGGAACGUCCCGUUGAAGAGGUCCUUGAAACCCUGAAAAGGCUGCUCUUUGUCCCCGAAAUCGAGAUUGUCAAGCAGCUCAGUGGUGUUUUCGAUGCUCUAUUUGGAAUCCUUGUCGAUCACGCCGGCAAUGAAGAAUAUGAGGAUUUAAUUUUCAACGAUCUAGUCACAGUUUUGGGCAUCGUCCAUGACCGUCGUUUCAACUUGGGUCCAUUGGUUGACCACUACGCUGAUGAGCAAUUCGAUUUUCCUUUCGCGACCCCUUGUCUCAUUCGAAGCUACCUGCGUCUUUUGAAUGCGGCUACAGAUCCACAGCAGUCUCGUCAUUUGCGUGCUGCUUUUAAAGUCGGUCGCCAUUUGCUGAAGUUCAUCAUCAACGCACGAGAACAGCAAAAGUUGAAGGAGGAAGGAAUCGGGAUUACCACCGUUCAGUCAACGUUCAACAGAGAUCUGCAUACAAUUUUCAAGUCUUUAGAGAGUCUGAUGAAGAAUCCAUCACCGACGUUGGUUGGAAGUAAGACCUUGAUUGUCCAGCAUUUCCAUCUGUGGCUCCCUGAGCUCUCCAAGGUGCUGAGUCGUGAUGAAAUGAUUAUGAUUGCCCUAAGCUUCAUGGAUUCCUGCAAGGACGUCACCGGCAUGCUCGUUCUUUACAAGCUGAUUCUCAUUCAAAAUUAUACUCAAUUCGAUAUCUUCGCGUCGGGUGAAGAGAAGCAGACUCUGAUUUCUAGCUGUAUCGGCUGGCUGCGGCCUUACUGGGGAUCCACCGCCGGUGUCUCCGAUCAAUACCGCGACCAGGUGCGGCUAUGCAGUUCCAUUGUCGCCCGACUGCUCAGUCACCCCGAUCCGCAAAUGUACCAGUUCAUGCCUAGCAUUGUGGCUUCAUACUGUGCUAUUGUGGCCGAAGGCGUUGAUGAAACUGAGUACUUGUCGCUUCUUUUCAGCAAGACUUUCCCCUUCCAGGUCAAGUUAUCCAAGAUACCCCAAAAGUUCGAUGAAUCGCUCGUAGAGCUCUCUGCUAUUAUGGCCGCCCUAGCCAAUAUUCUGACCCCCCGGACUCCUGAUCUCAAGGAGCUGGAGCUUGCAACCUUCAUUGGACAGGCCCUCGAGGCUCAUAACUCCAUCAUUGAGUGCGAAGCCUAUCCCGAGAGCUGGUUCAGUCUCCAUAUCUACAACCACCGUGCUGCUAUCAAAAGUUUGGAGCAUCUGGCUUUACUCUUGAUCGAUAGGUUCCUUCCAGAGGAUGACAAUGCCGAAGCUUUUGAUACCAAGCUGUGGGAGUCAUUCUUCACAACUCUGUUGAAAAUUAUUUCUAGCGAUGUGCUCGCUCUUGAGACCUUCCCCGAGCAGAAGCGACGGGCGGUUUGGAAAAUUGCUGGCGAUGUCCGCGAACAAGGUGCGGACCUCCUGCAGUCCACAUGGGAAGCCAUUGGAUGGGAAACCUCCGAGGAGGAGCGAGAACGAUUCAAUGUCAAGCGUAUGGGUGGCUACCAGGUUCAAUAUGUCCCCAAUCUUGUGCCUCCCAUUAUCGGACUGUGCCUCAGCAUGCACGAUGGAUUGCGCCAUUCUGCCGUCUCUAUUCUCCGAACUAUGAUCCUUAGUGAGUGGGACCUGAACCAAGACAUUUCCAUCAUCGAAACGGAAAUCAUCUCAAGUUUGGACUCGCUCUUCAAGUCGAAACAGAUGAGCGAAAGUGUUGGCGAGAAAGUCUUCAUCAGAGAGCUUUUGGACCUCUUUGAAAAUGACGGGACAAGUGAUGAUGGAUUAUUCGAUGCUAUCAAGAGCCUCAUCUCAACAGUAGAUGAGCUUCUUGACCUCCUGAUUGCCUCCCAGAGCAGUGCUGCUGUUCAGAGCCUGCAUGCUCUGAAGCUGAUGGAAUACAUGAAGGACAUGGGUCGUGAAGACAUCUUCAUUCGAUAUGUCCACGAGCUGGCUGACAGCCAAGCCGCCGCAGGUAAUUUCACCGAGGCAGGCUUGGCGCUCCAGUUCCACGCCGAUCUUUACGAAUGGGAUACCAUGAGCUCGCUCCCUGCCAUUUUCAAACCUGCUUUCCCGGAGCAAACACCGUUCGAGCGCAAGGAGGCCUUGUAUUUCCAAAUUAUCCAGCACUUUGAGAAUGCGAUGGCUUGGGCACCUGCCUUGGCCUGCUACAAGGAGCUUGCUGCGCACUACGAAGCAACAACUAUGGAUUUCCUGAAGCUUGCCCGUGCCCAAAGUUCCAUUGCCCGCAUUUACGAGUUCAUCGCCAAGGGCGAAAAGCAGUUCCCUCGCUACUUCCGCGUUGCCUACAAGGGUCUCGGCUUUCCUCCUAGCGUACGAGACAAAGAGUUCAUCUUCGAAGGCUCACCGACGGAGCGCAUGGCUACCUUUGUUGAUAGAAUGCAGCGCGAGCACCCCACUGCUCAAAUCAUGUCUACCGGUCACGUUCCUGAUUAUGAAGGACAAUUCCUGCAGAUUAGCGGAGUCAGUGCCCACCGAGACAUCGCCCAUCCAGUGUACCAGCGCUCCAAAAUACCCUUGGCUGUUCGAGACCACUUGUUGAUUUCAAGCCCAGUCCGUUUCUCUGCCACUUCUCGAAGACAUACUGCUAGUUCCAACGUGCAAGAGCACACCGUGGAGAAGAUCAUUUUCACGGUUGCAGAGGCAUUCCCCAACAUUCUUCGCCGCAGUGAGAUUGUUUCCGUUCAAGAGGUGGCAUUGACGCCGCUCCAGACCGCCAUUGAGCGCACUUGCCGAAAGACCCAGGAAGUUGCAACUUCUCGAGCGACGAGUUUCAAAUGGAGAGGACAACAGGAUCUUCUUGAAGAGAACGAGGGGGCUGAGGAAGAGGAAGAGCAAGUGGAACCGCGAACAAUUGACCCAAUGGAGAAUGCGCUGGCUGCGGCUCUAAUCGAUCACGCCCUUGGAAUCAAGCACGCGCUAUCGCAUUUCCAGAGGCCCGCCCAUCAGGCUACCCAGGCCGAGUUGAUGCGUCGCUUUGAGGCCGUCUUCGAGCCUGAGAUUACUUCUCUAUCGGCCUCAGGGCAAGAACAUACGAGUCCUAUUCCCACUCAACCAGCCCCCCGGCAAUCUCCGGGAGAUCUUCGUCGAAACACUACCAUCAAGCGAUCCACCAGUCCGGAAGAGGAGCUGAUCCGACGAACAUCGCGAAGUAAGGGCCACAAUCGCAAGCAAUCGGAGCGCCAAUCAGUCAGCCACCGGAUCAGUAUUAUGAAUCCCUUCAAACGCCACGGUGCUUCGAACUCGAUCUUCACCAUCCAAGCUCCGGAUAACCAGCAGUCUCAGAGCGAAGCCGAAGAAGGAGACGACGACGCCGCCACAAUUCACAGCCGCGCUACAAGCGUGUCUAAAGGUGGCCGGAGUGAGAAGCGCCGCAGCUGGUUCAGCGGGGACAAAAUCCUCAAGCAAGGCUCCAACCCAUCCCUCGCUGGUGGCGCAGACGAGGCCACUGCAAAGAAGCGACUCUCUCGCACCAUCUCUCAUGAUACUCAAGGCCAGUCUGGCAAUGACCGCUCCGCCUCGAAAAGCCGUCUUACUGUCAACACUGGUGCCGCAAAUGCUGACCGCGUCCCUGCGGCUUCAGGCGGGUGUGGCCAUGGUCCGCGAGAUCUGAGCUCUGCCAACGGCCCUGCUGGCCGAUCAUCUACUAUGCCCGUGAAUGAAAACGGUAACAGCAAUAGCCCUGUCAGCGUGACCUUGGCGAAUCCCGAAAAGCGUGACUCGGUCUUCCGACGAUUCAGCCUUCUCAAAGGUGUUGGCCGCAAGAACAGCCGGAUGGAAUUUAAAGCUAACGGAACGCUCCCGGAGGAGUGA